AUGUCCGCUAAUUCCCAUCCUCCUAAUUCCCAAAACGUCCUCUGUAAUGCAGCCGCCGGUGCCGCCGCCGGGGUUUUCGCGGCUACGUUUGUGUGCCCUCUUGAUGUAAUAAAAACGAGGUUUCAAGUUCAUGGACUGCCAAAGCUUGGCGAUGCUAACAUCAAACGUAGCCUAAUAGUUGGGAGUCUAGAGCAGAUCUUCAAGAAAGAAGGGAUGCGUGGCUUAUACAGAGGUCUCUCCCCAACCGUGAUGGCUCUUCUCUCCAAUUGGGCUGUUUAUUUUACAAUGUAUGACCAGCUCAAGAGCUUUCUUAUUUCAAAUGAUGCUGACCACAAACUCAGCGUUGGUGCUAACGUAAUGGCUGCCUCUGGUGCUGGAGCUGCUACUACUAUUGCCACUAAUCCUCUUUGGGUUGUCAAGACUAGACUUCAGACACAAGGAAUGAGAGCGAAUAUAGUGCCGUACAAAAGCACACUGUCUGCUUUAAGGAGAAUAGGUUACGAGGAGGGAAUCCGCGGACUGUACAGUGGUCUUGUGCCUGCACUAGCUGGUAUUAGUCAUGUUGCCAUUCAGUUCCCUACCUAUGAGAUGAUCAAAAUCUACUUGGCCAAGAAAGGUGAUAAAUCAAUCGAUAAUCUGAGUGCUCGUGAUGUAGCAAUUGCCUCUUCCAUUGCAAAGAUAUUUGCUUCCACAUUAACCUAUCCGCACGAGGUUGUGAGAGCGAGGCUUCAAGAGCAAGGACACCACAGUGAGAAACGUUACUCGGGGGUAAGAGACUGCAUAAGGAAAGUGUUUGAGCGAGAUGGAUUCGCCGGCUUUUACAGGGGAUGUGCAACGAAUCUGCUGAGAACAACUCCUGCUGCAGCUAUCACAUUCACUAGCUUCGAAAUGGUUCAUCGUUUCCUUGUCACUCAAUGGAUCUGCAGAGAUCUUGAGGACGGAUCUCUCGCCUCUCUUCUUCAACUUACCAGAGCAGCCAGUACGUCUGGUCAUCGAGCCUUUCUCACUCCGAGUGAGCAUCCUUAUGGUGAUUCCGAAACCUCCGUCGAAGCCUCCGGAUCUACAUCCGCGAUCUCGUUCCUGGGUUCUCUAACCUUUACGGUCAUCCCUGCUACCAUUCUCCUCACACCCAUCUCCUUCCCUCGUUCCAGAUCUGUCAUUUCCCUCCACCAUCUUCCAAAGCUUUGGCCAACCGAAGCUUCUCGUCCUACUCCUCGCCGGCGAAGGGACAUCGGGAUCUUGGAUUCCCGUCAACGUCAAUUUGCAUAUUUUGGUCCGGUGUUGUAUAAUUUUGGACUUCGUCCAUGUCCUGUCCACUGGAGCUCUGUUCUGAAGAAGUCUAUAUCAAGGAAGCUCCCUUCAACGCAUUUCAAAGCUAGUCCAACUGAUGUUGCGGCUCAUUUUGACAGUAAGGUCUCAAAGCUUCGUGAAAUUGUACGAAGACUCAUUGCCGGAAUGUUUCCAAUUCUUCCUGUUUGGGAGUUGUUUAACAUUUCAACCUCCUCCGUUGGCAUGGAGAGAUCGCUCCCACCUUCCUCUCUUUACAGAGAGAGAAAUUCUCCACCUCUUCCCUUCUCCAUGAGAAGCGGAUACUUCUCGGAAUCACACCCGAGCUCGAAGAGCGGAGAGAAAGGAAGAGUGAAGAGGACAGAGUAUAAAGCAGUUAGAGUCAAGCUCAAGAAACGAUGGUUUCAUAAACGUGUCCUCAUUGUAGCUGAGGGAUUUGACGUUUCGGUUCCUCAGGGUUGUACGCCGAGGAAACAUGUGUUUCAUCUGGAGAGCGAGUUGAGAGAUCAUUUCUCUUCAUGUGGAAAGAUCAAGUCCGUUUGUAUCCCUCAUCCCUAUUAUAGCUCUGCUAUCAAGAGUCAUGCUUACAUAGAAAUUCUGGGAGAGUGCGCAAAAGAGAAUGCGUUGCAUCUUAGUGGAAUUGAGAUGGAUGGACACAAACUAGUUGUUACUGCGCCAUUGCUGCUCUUGGAAAGGACUCUCAGAGAGGAUUUAAAAUCAGCUAAAAGCCAUCGAUCCGGCAGGAGCGAACUGAUUUUUGUUAGGGGAUAUGACACCUCGAUUCCUAGGAAGAUUAUCAAGAGGGCGUUGGGUAAACACUUCUCUUCAUGUGGAGAGGUCUUGGAGGUGGACUUGUUAUAUCCCCGCAACAGAAAACCUGAUAACACCGAUUGCGCCGGUGUUUCCAUUUAUGGAGAAGGCGCAAAGGAGAAGGCCUUGCAACUUGGUGGAAGUGACUUGGGAGGCUUCAAACUUGUUGUUGAAGACCCGUUUCUUCUCAAUCAACCCGAAGUCCCAGUCAAACCCCGGGAUAUCCCCAUUUGCUAUCCUCCUGUCAAAGUGCGUCGUUCCGAUCCUAACUGGAGGGAGAAGUUCCAUAGCCGUCUCCUUAAAUUUCAGAAGAAAGAAGAAGAAGACCCUAACUGGAGGGAGAAGUAUAUUAGGAGCCGUAUUCUUCUCCUUAACGUGGAGGAGAAUGAAAAGGAAGACCCUAACUUGGGGGAGAAGAAAGAAGAAGACAACUAG